GCAUCGAUCUACCCCUAAUGUGCCUCGUCGACCCGAUGCCUGUAACGGGUGUCAUGGCGGACUACACUCCCGACUUGAAUUUUGAUUUCACGUUUCAGGCAGUUUGCCUUCCCCAAAAAUGAACCAUGGGAAACAAAGUGUCUACCUUCACAGAGGAACAACUAGAAGCUUAUGAGGACUGCACUUUCUUCAGGCAAGAGAUUCUCCGAGUGUUCGGCCGCUACCGCCUGGCUCCUGAUGUUGUGCCAUACGACAUGUCUGGCAAAGAGGGUCACACGGUUCGAAUCCCAGUCACUCUGGUGGAAAAUAUGCCGGAACUCAAGGAGAAUCCAUUCAGACAGCAGAUCUGCAAAGUAUUCACCGAAGGAGACCAUGGACACAUGACAUUUGAGGAAUUUCUGGACAUGUUCAGUGUUUUCAGCGAGGCGGCUCCUCGAGACAUUAAAGCAGUCUACGCUUUCAAGAUAUAUGACUGGGAUGAAGAUGGUUAUUUGAACAAGGCUGACCUUAAGGCUACAUUGCUUAAACUCACUAAAGAUGGUCUUGAUGAAGAAGAAGUCCAAUUUGUCAUCGAUAAGGUGUUGGAAGAGGCGGACCUGGACGACGAUGGCAUGUUGUCGUACAUCGAAUUUGAACACGUGAUCUCCAGGGCUCCAGAUUUUCUGAACACUUUCCACAUCAGGAUAUAAGCUGCUCGUGGAGGAUAUAGAAGGGAGACGACCGCUGCAAGCUACCCAAGAGGAACAACUCUCCUUCACUGGGAGAGAUGUCCGUGUAUCAAACUCAGUAUCCCACCGCCAAUACUCAAACUCUCGAAAUGUUUUGAACCUUCAUUAACAAAAUUAAAACUCAAGGACCUCUAAUACUCACACUGACACACGCAUGCAUCUACAUAUACUCGUUUGCGCGCGCAUGCAUACAUACAAGCAAGCAGACACUAGACCAACCCCAUAAAGUACUUAAACCUCUGUAAUUCUCAUCAGUUCCCUGUCUCUUGACAUUACUCAGAAAGUGAUAUUGAGCCACGUACAACGAGUUGAUAUAUGUCUGUGUUGAAGUCCAUAUUCAAGGCAAUGAUAUUAAUUCCUAAUCAUGAUCAUCACCAUUUAUUUUUUGUGGAUGUGAUGCUUUUUCUCACACCGCCACAGUUUUCUCUAGCAGCAUUCUAAUUGUAAUUUUGCAGGAUUGUAAUUUUCACGACA